AUGUAUCUCGGGCUGUACGACACGGAGGAGGAGGCCGCGGCAGCAUACGACCGGGAAGCCAUCAGGCAGAAGGGCCAUCAUGCCGUCACCAACUUCGACAUCUCGCUGCUCCUCUCCCAGCAAGCCUCCCAGGCGGUGCAACGUCAGCAGGAGCAACAGCGCGCUCAGAGCCUUCAGCCCCCCCCAUUUGCGCCACCCCCCCACGCCCAGCUGCCGCCCACUUCGCCCCCCUCCCUCCAAGCCUCGCCCCGAUACGCGCCCCCCCGCGCGCGCACUCCCCCCUCCCGCCCGCACAGCUCCCCCCGCCAAGUCCGAAGCCCCAGCCUGCGCAGCCCGGGGGCCUCCAACCGACUGCGGCCGCAGGCCUCCUCCCCAACGUUUUCCCUCAGCGCCGCGCUCGGGCAGACGCCCCCCGGGAGCCCUCCCUACCACCGGUCACAAUCGUGGCCCCGGACGCAGCCGUUGAGCGGCCCCUACGUGGGCCUCGGGGGGUUCGCCCCGGUCGGCCCGCAACCCUCAGCUGCCGUACCCGCUGACGUGUCCUUGGAGCAGGCGGCUCUUUGGCGGUCGGUUUUCGGUCAGCCCGGUGGCGCGCACGUGGGCUGGGGCAACGUGCCAAUGCCUCAGCCCAGUCCAUCCGAGUUUCAGCCCGGGGCCAUGCCACCACAACAGCGGCCAGCCAAAUUGGUCGCAAGGCGCGGGCCGGUAGAAGCUCCGCCACUGGCUGCGGGCAGCCCCCCCCUUGGCAGCGGCGGCGGCACAGGAGGGGCGCAGCCGGUGCCCCAAACCGAGGUGGAGAGUACCCGGCCAGGCCUGGCUGCUCGAAGAAGGAUGCUGCGAAGGCGGAAGAUGGCGCUCUCCCAGAUGUACCAUCAGCAGCGGCAAAUCGACGACCUCGAACUGGUUGCUCCAGCGGAGCAGUCCCUCCAAUCACAGCCCUCGCCUUAUCCAGGCCAAGAACAGCCACUAGAGCAAGAACACCUGCAGGGGUUAGGAGGCCUGCAUCCUUCGAGCUACGAGUGA